GACGCGUGGCGUCUGCCUGGCACCUACCUGGUGGUGCUGAAGGAGGGCACCCACCGUGGGCAGACCAAGCACACCGCGCACCGCCUGCAGGCAAAGGCUGCCCGCCGGGGCUACGUCACCACAGUCCUGCACCUCUUCCACCACCUGGUCCCUGGCUUCCUGGUGCGCAUGAGCGGAGACCUGCUGGACAUGGCUCUGCGGCUGCCACUCGUCCAGUACAUCGAGGAAGAUUCCUCUGUCUUCGCGCAGAGUGUCCCGUGGAACCUGGAGCGGAUCCUCCCUGUGCGGCACCAGGCAAAGGAGUACAGUGCCCCCAGGGGUGGCAGGGGUGUGACGGUGUACCUCUUAGACACCAGCAUCCAGAGCGGCCACCGGGAAAUCCAGGGCAGGAUCACCGUCACUGACUUUGAGAGUGUGCCCCAGGAGGACGGGACGCGCUUCCACAGACAGGCAAGCAAGUGUGACAGUCAUGGCACCCACCUGGCUGGUGUGGUCAGUGGCCGAGAUGCGGGUGUGGCCAAGGGCGCCGGCCUACGCAGCCUGCGUGUGCUCAACUGUCAAGGGAGGGGCACAGUCAGCAGCACCCUCAGAGGCCUGGAGUUCAUUCGGAAAAGCCAGCUGGCCCAGCCCGUGGAGCCGCUGGUCGUUCUGCUGCCCCUGGCUGGUGGGUAUAGCCGCACCCUCAACGCCGCCUGCCACCUCCUGGCAAGGGCAGGGGUGGUGCUGGUCGCCGCUGCUGGCAAUUUCCGGGACGAUGCCUGCCUGUACUCUCCAGCCUCAGCCCCCGAGGUCAUCACAGUUGGAGCCACCAAUGCCCAGGACCAGCCAGUGACCCUGGGGACCUUGGGAACCAACUUUGGCCGCUGUGUGGACCUUUUUGCCCCAGGGGAGGACAUUAUCGGGGCCUCCAGUGAUUGCAGCACCUGCUUUGUGUCACGGAGUGGUACAUCACAGGCGGCUGCCCAUGUGGCGGGCAUCGUGACCAUGAUGCUGACAGCCCAACCCAAGCUCACACUGGCUGAGCUGUGGCAGAGACUGAUCCACUUCGCUGCCAAGGAUGUCAUCAACGAGGCCUGGUUCCCUGAGGACCAGCGAGUGCUGACACCCAACCUGGUGGCCACGCUGCCCCCCAGCACCCGUGGAGCAGGGGGGCGGCUGCUGUGCAGGACGGUGUGGUCAGCACGCUCAGGGCCCAGACACACGGCCACUGCCCUGGCCCACUGCACCCCCGGCGAGGAGCUGCUGAGCUGCUCCAGUUACUCCCGGAGCGGGAAGCGGAAGGGCGAGCGCAUCGAGGUCCUCAGGGGCAGGCGAGUGUGCGUGGCCUACAACGCAUUUGGGGGCAAGGGUGUCCACGCUGUCGCCAGGUGCUGCCUGCUGCCCCGGGCCAACUGCAGCCUGCACACGGCCCCAGCCAGGGCUGGGAUGGAGCCCCGUGUGCACUGCCACAGGAAGGACCAGGUCCUCACAGGCUGCAGUGCCCACUGGGAGGCUGAGGAUUUCAGGGCCCGUGGGUGGCCCAUGCUGAGGCCAGGGGGGCCCAGCCAGUGUGUAGGCCACAGCAAGGCCAGUGUGCAUGCUUCCUGCUGCAGUGCCCCGGGCUUGGAGUGCAGAAUCAGGGAGCACGGAGUCCCCUGGCCUGCAGAGCAGGUCACUGUGGCCUGUGAGGAUGGCUGGACCCUGACAGGCUGCAGCACCCUCCCUGGGGCCUCCUCGGUCCUCGGCACCUACGCCGUGGAUGACACGUGUGUGGUGAGGAGUCGUGACGUCAAGGCAUUGGACAGGACCCGCGGAGAGGCCUUAGCAGCCAUCGCCAUAUGCUGCCGGAGCCAGGCCUCAGAGCAGGCCUCCCCAGAGCGCCAGUGACACCCCAAGCUGGACAGCCCCCUGCACAGGGCAGGGGCCUGGGCCUGCAGGGACACGUAUGUUUCUGCGUGGCAUCUGCUGGGGCUCCUUGCCUGGGAGAACUCGGGGUCUUGCCUGGUACCGUCACGGGCUGCAGCUUGGUGCGAUCCUCACGCCUCUGGGCUGAUGACCCGCCCUGGCCUACGCUCUUGCCAUCGCCAUUCAGUCAAGCCUACCCGCAGGAGAGAGGUCGUGGGGGCCGGAAGGAGCUGAGUGGCGAGCUGGGGUGGUGAGGGAGCUGGUGGCCCUGCAGUGCCUGCCCACUUCGGAGACGCCCCUUUGGGAUUCUUGGCUAAUGGGCGAUGUGUUUUCCACACCCCUGGCAUGAGGGUAGGGAUGAGCUCCAUGUCUCUCCCAGCUGCCUCCCGUUCCCUGCCCAGUAACGCAGGCACCUUGCUUUAUAGGGGAGAUACCGGGACUAGAGAUGGGUGGUGCCUGCCGGCGCACACUGGGGGACAUGGGAAGGUGCUGGACAAGAUGCCGAGCGGCCUGGUGAGGAAUCAGCUCGUUGCUGUGCCAGGAUGGGCACCGGCUUGCGGGUCCUGUGGGGCCAGAGCUGCUCCUGAUGGCCUAGCGGGCCAUGGAAGGGGCGACUGUUCCCCCGCCCCGCUCCCGCGACGUAAGCGUGGUCUCUCAUAGGUCAUCUCUCCUGGGUUGCCUCUCUGUGGCCUUUUUAUACCAAGCUUUCCCAGAACUGUUUGGCUUUUGUAACUGUAUUUAUUCUGGGUUUUGUAGUUUUUAUUAUGUGACUUUUUAAAAUAAAAAUAACUUUGUCAUGA